AUAACCUGAUUAUCAUCCAUUCACUCGUCUUCGUCUUUUAUCGUGUUAUCGUUUUAUCAACGCAACGAGGAAGUCUUUGUUCUUCCCUUAUUUUUAAGAAGAAGACGUUGCACAGUGGAACAGUUCGUGUCACGCGAUUAAUUUCACGCGUCUGUGUUCUUGUCCGUGUGAACGAGUGUUUGCCUUGUUGGUGGUUGCGACGACUGAUUCCGCGACUUGACUUGCGCUGUACUUUCCAUUCUGUCCCUCGCACCGAAGCAGCUCCCUCACGUUCCAGUCGGGAUGGGCAACUGACCUCGGUAUCCACCCCGAGGUUUGGGUGACUGCAGCCGACUCCAAAAUGCCCGUCGCACGGCGACAUGUCAUACCAGAACCCACUGACGUUCCGAUACGUGUCCGUGUGUCGGUUCAGGUAACGCAUUACGCGAGACCCACGAAACUGUUCCUCCGCUACAACUUCGACGACUCCGACGAUGACGGCGUCCCGAGUCCUGCGCCAGGGGUGUCUCACGUGUACGAAGUUCACAUCGGAAUGUUCUGCCUGGUUUUCGAGGAGAAGAGCCAGCGGUUCCUCAGGGCCCAAGUCACCGACGUCCAUAAGAACCUCAGCGGCAUCCAGGUAUCGGCCGAGAUUUUGUACGUUGACCGGGGAAACACGGACAUGAUAGGGCUCGACUGCGUUUUUCCCAUCACCAGAGAAGUUUCCUCGAAGCCCAACAUGACAGCCCCGUGCUGCCUUCGCAAGGUUCGGCCAACGAGCCAGAGUUCUCGCCUUGACCUGCAGCGGGUCUCUCCGCACAGCCAAGUUCUCUUCGACGCCAUUUUUUAUGGGAUGUCGGACGCCGGAGUGUACGACGUGGACUUGUUCGUGAGAGAUCCAAAGGCGCAACCGACCAAUCGCCUGAACGUAGCUGAGCUUCUCGUGCAGCACGGGUUUGCGGAGUUUCUGCGGUACCUCAACGUGACGGCGCCGACCGACGUGAAGACAACGAAGCCGCUCAUGAACGGCAAAAGCGUUUCCAAUCACACGGGCGCUGGCGCUUCGAUACAGGCGUACCCAGAAGCGGUCUCGAAGAUCGAGUACACGCCUUGUGUCCCAUCGAGUCUUCCGCCCACGGCUGUGCCCGAAGAGAGCUGCUUUGAAGUUGAAGUUACGUUCACGUGCUCGCCCGACUUCUGGUACGGCCAGCUUGUUGGGCUGAGAGGACGCUUAACCGAUGUUCAAAGAAAUAUUGCAGGAUGUGACCUGGAGCCCUGCGCUGCCUCCGAAGUUCGCAAAGGGAGCUACUACAUCUACAGAGACCUCGCAGUGCAGUCUGCGGUCAGGGUGAGAGUCGAGGAUCUGGAGAAGGUGGGAUCACACUUCCAGACACGAGUUUUCUUCGUCGACUAUGGCAACCGGAAGACAGUCAGCUCUUUGUGCCUUUACAAGAUGGAUGCCAAGCUGGCACAGCAGGGCCCCUUGGCUUUGAGGUUUCAGCUAGCCGGUGUCGAACCUUGGAAUGCUUGGACAGAUAUCGACGUGAAGCGGUUUGCGCAGCUGACCCAUAGUGAGUCGCCGCUGGUAGCCGUGGUGACCAGCAAGGAGAAGAGCAGCGAUGAUUACGGAGACUACAUCUUUGUUGUGAAUCUCAAGAGUAGAACUGAAGGUGACAUUGCAGAACGCUUGAUCAGAGAUGGACAUGCACGAGCACCGAGUCGGAGAGAGUCCCUCAUCAAAAGAAUUGACAGAUCUGCCAUCGAAGACUUCAGUCCCAUGGACGAAGAUUACCACAACUCUUUCAACAGUUACAAGGUCGACACAGACGAUCCUGGAGUGGCCACUGCAGACUUUGCUGUGAAGGACGAAAGUAGGAUAUGCAAGUUCUAUAGCAACCAGGGCUACUGCAGGCAAGGCGAGUACUGCAUUUACAAGCACAUCCUGGGUGAAACGAAUUCCAUGAUCCUGCAUGUCAAGGAGGAAGUUCCCACAUGCAUGGCGACCCUCAAGCUCCCCAAGGAAGGCUGCACAGUAUUGGCACAGGUCUCGUAUGCAGUGAGCCCUAGCAACUUCUAUCUCAUAUUUCCCUAUGGCCAUAAAUCCAUCCAGAAGCUCAUUGAGAAGGGAUCGUCAGCUUCCAAAGAGAGAUUUGAGAGUCUCAUGAAGACCUUGCAAGUGGCCUGCAGCUGUAGCUCCUUUAAUGAAGACAGGCUGGUACACAAAUCUGAAGGUGAGCUGGUAGCCGCCAGAAGCAGGGACGAUGAGCGGUGGUAUCGUGCAAAAGUGGUUGGUCUUAGCACCGAGAGGAAUGCUGUGAGAGUGGCAUUCCCAGACUUCGGAGAUGAGGAAUGGGUGUCUGCGAGCUGGGUUAAGACGCUGGAAACGCAGUUCCUACGCCUGCCCUUCCAGGCGGUGCAGGCGUGCUUGGCCGACGUGGAGCCUAAAGGUAGUGGCCGUGAACGUACCUGGAGCGCUGAAGCAUGUGCGGCUUUUGUGGAGUCUACAGCGGGAAAAGACCUUCUCGCUGAGGUUGUCGGCUAUAGCGAGAACCUUAUGCGGGUCAAGCUGCACUUCUGCGAGUCUGGGAAGCUGCAUUCUGUGAGCAGUUGCCUGGUAAGCAGCUGGCAGGCACAGUUCAUGCAACAGCAACAUCAAAGUAGUGGCUCCGGUAGGAACAUGCCAUGUCCGGCUUGAUUGACAGUGCAUGUUUUAUAAAAAUAACACAUCCUUCGUACGGUGCAAAAAAAAAAAAAAAGCCAAAUAGAAUAUUUGUUUAAUUCUUGUUUCACAGUGUUAUGGUAAAGCCUUUUUACUUCAUAGCUGCCUGCCUUCUCUACUCGAUACUUUUUCUAAUAUUCCUUCAGGGUUGUUUAAGUUUUGCAUUCCUUCUUUUGUGUUACAUUCUGUGUGCUCAGCCUAUCUCAUGGUUACUAUUGGCAGCAGAUAUGUGCUUUGGUGCGCAUUCUAGGAAGUGAUGUUGAUGGGCAUGGGUAUACCAACCGGAGGGCAAGGCAUGUGUUUUGCCCCCGCGAAACAGCCGCCACUGGGCAGGGCAAACACUGGCCGGCGGCGCGCAAGGGAUACCGAGGGCACUGCUCCCCGUCCCUGGGGAGGGGGUCAUCUGGUUUGCCCCUGCCCCCUCCGGUGGCAUAGUGCAAAAGUGGUUGGCCUUAGCACCGAGAGGAAUGCUGUGAGAGAGGCAUUCCCAGACUUCGGAGAUGAGGAAUGGGUGUCUGCGAGUUGGGUAUGUUAUCAUACAGGUCCAUUUCGUGAUCCAGGUACUGGCUGUGAUUAAAUAAUAUUCAAUGAAAGACUGAUUCAUAACAUAAUAUUGUACCUGCUGUUUUUCAUGCCUUGAAACUGUAUCCAUUACUUUUUUCCUGUAUUUCAACAUCCCCAACCCCUAUACACCAACUCAGUCUGUAAACAAGCAGGUUAUUGUACAGAAGCUGUGAGCACUGCAUGCAUGUGCAGGAGCUUGCUUUUCGAAAAGUAAAGCAUCUAUCUGCACAUGCUGUGUUCCACAGGCAGUGCCACUUCCUUUGUCAUUAUGUAGAAAGGUUAGCUGGUGUGAGCUGCCUUACCUGUGCCUUGGUUAUCAUUUAAUUGCCAGUUUUUCUUGCAUCUACCUUCCUGUCGCACACUUUUAUUGGAACAGAGUUGUUAUUCCUCACGAAAUACUGAAGUUGGAAUUGUUAUGAAAAACUUAAUUGCCCUGUUGUGCUGAUCGUGAACAUUGAGUAGCAGAGCCCUGUGCACCCUUGUGAAAGGAGUGCUGAGCUCUGGAAUGUGUCCCUGGUGAAAACAUGCUUCUCUCCAUAUGCGACAUUGCUUAAAGCACUUGUGCUUUAAGCCAGGCAAUGCCUGCCCGUGCCAGGCUAACCGCUCCCUUACUACUGCCACUGUCACUCCCAUAGCUCAACUUCUAGCACUUUUGCAUGAGUCAUGUCGUAAACAUUGCUGGAAAAAUCUGCAGUUUGAACAUUCCUGUUUGAGUAUGCACUAACCUCACUAAUGUUCUUAAAACUUGUCACCAAAGCAUACAAUGGAAAAUGGUACUUGGGAAGAGCACCAUGAAAGCCUCAGAAUUGCAGCUGAAGUUUUGCUUAGAGAUUGGGCUACCUUAGAGCACCAGCCCUUUCAUGAACAAUCUGCUUGCAUUCUAACUCUUCUGAAAUGAAGCGUAUUUGUAGUGUUGCUGAAAAGAUAUUAACAUUUUCAGCAUUCUUUUGUAUGUAUGCAUUGAUCUCACAAACCUUCAAAAAAAUAUCACCAAAGCAUGCGGAAAACAAUGCUUGGGAAGAGGCUCCAUAAAAGCCUCAGAAUUGGAGCCAAAGUUUUGCUUUGGCUCCAAUUUUGCAAGAGGUUUGGCUACCUAAGAGCACAAACCCCUUCAUGAGCGAUGUGCUUGCAUCCUAGCUCUUGUCAAAUUUAGUGUCGCUGGAGAGAUCGAACAUUUUGAAUAUUUCCUGUGCAUAUGCUUUAAUCUCAACAAUCUUCUAAAACUUGUCCCCAAAGCAUAGAAUGGGAGAAGCACCAUGAAACCCUAGAAUGGCAGCCAAAUUUUACCAAUAGGGUUGGUUACCUUCGAGCACUGGCAAAGAGUUCUCAUGUCGGGACAUCAAUCUUGUUCAACCAAGACAAUAUGGCCAUGUCGCGUUCCACUUUUGUGGCCAUUUAGACUGGAAAGUUUAACUGAUAGAUUAUUCCAGGACUGUCGCAAAGCCUAGUCUGAAGACAAGGCACCAACACUGUUAUAUCGGAAGUGGGACAUCUACUGUGACAUUUGAGUAGUCAUCUUGUUUGUGGCAUUGUUUCCUUACAGCACUUUGUAUUGUCGUCAAAGUUAAUUUUGUUUUUGAAUAAAAAAUAUUUAUAUUUUUGCAC